GCAUCGGCGACGAUAGCAGAAAAAAAAAAACUCUCAAUGCAGUCACGGCUCGUCGAUUCCACUUCGAGAUCAAACGACUGAAUCAUGGAAAUUUAUGAAGCAAAGUAUGACUUCUGUGAUGGUUGUGGCGAAAGCUUGCUUAAUUUUAAGAAAGGGGAGAAAUUUUUAGUCACAAACAAACCUGAUGGAGGAUGGUGGGCCGCUCAGAAUUUGUCUAGUAACGAAAUAGGAUACAUCCCUUCAGCGUACGUUGAGUGUACUUCAGUUAUAGAUCCACUGACUUUAGACCAUAUGGAUGUGUCUUCAAAACAAGAGAAAAUCAAAAUGGAUGCUUUGUGUGAGCUCACAGCAAAGAUUCAGCAAAAUCCUAAUCCAGGAAGGAAUCAUCCAAAGUACCCUAAAGAAGACUACUUGGAUGAUAAAACACAAACUCCCCCAAAAACUCCUGAGUUAAAGAGGACCGUCAUACCCCUCUCUGCUUCUAAGGAACAAGAUGAACUACGUAAAGACCUUAAAUUUAGCCAGCAAAGGGGCAUUCAGCUAGGAAGACCAGAACUUAUGAAAACAUGGGAAAAGUUUGAACACAAAAAGUCUGCCAAAGUUGAAAAGGGUAAAAGUAGUGUUGACAGUGAGCUGGAAUCCAGAUUUCGCAGCAUCUCUCAGAAACAAGAGGAUUUUGAAAAACAGAAAGAGACAGAAGCAACUAAACCAGAGUUCAUGAGAGUUAGUCUCAAGAAAUCCACAAGAGAAGUUGAGGCCACCAGCUGACCAAUCCCCAUAAAGCCCAAGUCAAACUUAAGGCAUUAGAUAUUACGUUUAAAGAAAAAAUGCCAGAAAGUCCAUAGAUGUGUAAAGUACGAGAAGCUAAAUUACAGAUGUGUUAUUUUUGUGUAUUAGUUCAAGUUAUAUUGCUUCGUUAUUUUGAAAAUAUUCUGAAGAGCCACAAAUAACAAACUGGUACUCCAGGACCAAUAACAAGCCCUUCCUAAAGUUAUGUUAACUUUGUUUACAUCUAUGCUGUUUACAGAUACUUAUAGAAUAAGGUUUUGAAAAAACUAAAGUUCAGUAAUAUCACUAAAGAAUGUGCUUUUUUACGGUACUUAUACCAAAUCCCCAGGGCUGGUAAUUUAGAUGUUAAAAUGGUUCUGAACCAUUUCCAAUAAGCCAGCUGGUCUAUGUAAACAAUGAUUUUUGUGAACAGUUUCAAUAAAGCUAAAAAAAAAAUUCUUUACAAUUAACAAACUAUUUGUCAAGAAAACUAUGCCAGUCUUCAUACAGUACCAGUGUAUAAAUCUUUCCAUGCUAGUCUUUGUUUAAAUAACCAGCCCUUACAGAAACUUUUUCAACUCACUUUGCCUAGCUUGAUUUCAUUUUAUAACUUUAAAUUUUAAUAUUCAAGUGAAAAACUUUUAGAGCUCACUUCAAGUCAUAACAAAACCGUAGAGUGCUACAGGUUCUGUAGCUAUUAUGAUUGCACUCCCAAAGCAGUGACUAUGUACGUGUAACCAUCAGGCUUAAAGAAGAACAGUCAUAGUUAAGAAUUAUUUUGCAGAAUCAGAACAUCAACUAGAAAGAAAAAGGGGUAGGAUAGCGUGAGGCAAAAUCUUCGUUCUCACAAGACAGUGAACGUUUUUAGAGUUGACGUUUCGGUAUUGAUGUACAAAGACUAGAGGCUGUUAGGGGCCAUACAUUGUUGUAGGGGCUAUUUGGUUUUAUUUAUACAUUUAAUCAUUUCUGCUUCCUAGCCAGAUAGUACAAGCUCUAGGCCUCAGGGAGAAGGGGGGGGAGCGAAAAAGGUUUCUUCAUUAAAACUAUACAAACUUUAAAGCCAAAAACUAAAGAUUUUAUGUAUGUAAACUUGUACGUUCAGGACAAACAUGAUAAGUUCUACCCGUUUUGUUGUAAGAUAAACCUCCUGCCUGGGCCUGAAGUUUGUUUCAAGAUUAGAUUCAGAGGUUUCUGUAAUGCACCUUGUGAUAUUUAUGGAAGCGGAUUGUAGCUAAACUAAUAUCAGUCUUGACCGAUCCUAAGCCGGGGCAGAAAAGCGAUAACCGUACUAGGUGUGCAGCAAUGUGGCAUUCCAUUGGCAGUGUUCAAGUUAAUUCAAUUUCCCCAUUGCAUUCAGUGUGCGUAAUCUUUUAGAAGACUGACUAUGAAGGCAUUGUUUGGUUAGGACUUUUCCUUUUGGUUAAUUUUUUUUUUUUUUAUUGUUAAUUUAAGUUCGUAGCCGCAUUGCACGGCUUUGGUGGUUAAUGAUUACAAUAAUUAUAAUUGAUUAACAUGUUGUACUGUUUCUAUGACUACUAGCCAUUUAUAUACUUCUGAUGUAGCAGUGAUUAAUAUUAUUUUUUUACCUCAAUUUUUGUAUGGAGAUUGAUGAUUAAUUUUGAUUUGGUUUUUUGCGUUUGUUUUUUUGUUUUUGUUUUUUUUUUCGCUUUUCGGGACAAACAGUUGUUGGGUUUUAGUUGUAGCACACUCAUUGUAAGAUGGCUUUGUGAGUUAUAGUAUCCAUAGCAUAUUUUUCAGUUUCGGCUGGUUAGCACUAAUAUUAACGUGAGCUUAAUCUGUAAUAUUAUCUAUGAACCGAAGUAUUGGGUUUUAAAAUGUUGAUACAGGAAGUGGCGUCCUUCACAAUAGGUAUCAUUACUGUAAGACUAAAUGACGAGUAGUUAUUCACUAUUGACAGUUAAGUGUUUUUUCCCUCCAAGAGUGCAAGGGAGACCCUGAGGAAUUUUUUUUUUUAUUUUGCGUUCUGAGCUUAACCUCCCUAUUACUGUUACUCGAAAGUGAGUUGGUGCAAGUUAUAUUUUGAUGCCUCGCGAACGAAGACAGUUUGUUGUGGCCACCCUCAACGACAGAAGUUUUGUUUCUGUCUUACGGAAAACAAGUUUAAGAAAAGUAUGAACUAAAAACGAUGCGGGUGCUUAGACUACUUUAUUUUAAAAGUUACCGGUGUGUGAUGGGACAAUUGUAAUCUUUUUUAUUUCGUUGGUGUACAGGACAUAUCCAGAGGCAAGUUAUUGUUCAUAAACAGAGGAUUAAUGUUGUUUUGUAAACUAAAUAAAAACGUUAGAGUCAAUA